CCAGCCAUGCGGUGCACAGACGCCAUUUCCCCUUUUUUACUUUUCAAUUUUCCCACCGAUUUCAACUCCUGCCUUCCUCCCUCACGCUUAAAACCAUCCACCUUUCCUCCCAGCUUUCUUCCCCGUCUCUCUCAUCAUCUCACCGCCACCGUUCCCAUGCACCUCUUCAACCUUCAUAUCUCUUGAGGUGGAGAAAUUUGCAGCCAUUGUACGGAUGCAUUCGGUUUUGGAGCUGUCGCUGUCGAUGAAUUGAAGUAGCGGGUAGUUGAGGACUUGAGGGUUGAGAAUCCCCUUUUUUCUCCAAAAACUUUUGAAUUUCAGGGACGUUUGUGAAAAUGCCGCACAGGACCACUUACUUCUUUCCGAGGCAAUUCCCGGAUCGUGCUUGCGGAUGCGACGCGUCGUCAACAAAGUUUCUGUUGGGUCACGAGAAGAAGUGUGAUGAUAGUGAAAAUGAAUCUUCGGGAGAGGAACGUGGUGAUGCCACAUUUAACCAGCUCACAAAGGAAGACCACAACUCUGCGCGUUCAAGCGCAUCUGAUCGCUUCACGGGCGGUGACAAGAUCCAUGGAAAGCAACUGGUCGCUUUCGUCAGCUGGUUGGCGGGUAAAAAGUCGUCCUUAAAUCAGAAUCGUCACGUGAAGAUCAAAGUCGAUGAUGGUUGCGAGGUUGACAACCAUGAACACCGCCUCUUGGUGCCGGAAGUGGUUGGCUUCGAUCCCCCGGUGCCGGAACAGGUAACUCCGGUUGGGAAUGAUAAGAAGCUGUCUUUGCAACGGUUAUCGAGUAGUGACAGCAAUUAUAGUAGCGUGGGUCUGCAAAAGGAGAAUGGGGCGGGUUUUCGGAGGCAAACGUCGGGCAGCAAUUACAGUGGUGUAUAUGGGAAAGAGAAGGCGUUGGGUUUCGAGAGGCAAGUACCGUUGCAGCGGUUGUCGAGCGGGGAGAGUACUAGCUACGCGAGGAGUUUCUUUUCCGGGACCACAUUGGAAGGGAAUUACUGGCCUAGUACCAUGGUCAAGGAUUCGGAGUUGUCGACAACCGGAGGGGUACAGGCGGAGCAAGGUGUUAAUUGGGUGGAUGGCUUGGCGCAGAGGUCAAAGGAGAGCUAUUACUUACAACUCACGCUUGCCAAGACGCUUGUACAGCAAGCAACGCUUGCUGCUGCUGAGCUCAUGCUUCUACCGGAGGGCCGAAGUGUAAAGGGGCAUGCCGGAUCUUCUGAUCCUGAAACUGUCUCAUAUCAUCUUUGGGUAAGUGGCUGCUUGUCAUAUGCUGACAAGAUAGCUGAUGGGUUCUAUAACAUUUUGGGAGUGAAUCCAUAUUUGUGGGCCAUGUGCAAUGAUUUGGAAGAAGGUAAAAGUUUACCGUCUUUGGUGGCACUUAAAGAAACUGAACCCAGUGAGACCUCAAUGGAGGUGAUCCUAAUUGAUCGACAAGGGGAUUCAAGGCUAAGGGAACUAGAGGAUAAAGCUCAAGAAAUGUACUUCACUGCAGAAAAUAUGUUAGUAUUAGUAGAGAAACUUGGCAAACUUGUGGCUGUCCAUAUGGGGGGAUCUUUUCCGGUGGAGCAAGGUGAUCUUCAUAUGUGCUGGAAAAUUGCAAGUAAGAGAUUAAAGGAUUUCGAGAGGUGCAUUGUGCUCCCAAUUGGUAAUUUAUCAGCAGGGCUCUGCAGGCAUAGAGCUAUUUUAUUCAAGAAAUUGGCAGAUUAUGUAGGUUUGCCAUGCAGGAUAGCUCGAGGAUGCAAGUAUUGUGUUGAAGAUCAUCGCUCUUCAUGUCUUGUAAAAAUUGAGGAUGACCGAAAGUUCUCUAGGGAAUUUGUGGUUGAUCUAAUUGGGGAACCAGGAAAUGUCCAUGAUCCAGAUUCCUCAAUCAAUGGAAGUGUUUGUUCUUCUGUUCCUUCACCCUUUCAAAUUUCUCACCUAAAGGAAUUUCAACAACCUUACAUGGAUUGUGAUAUAAAAUGUCAAUUGGAGAAUUCCAAUUAUACUUUUGCCUGUCCAAGUGGUGUAUGCUCAGGUACUGUUGAUGGAAAUCAUCCGGUCAAGGACGCUCAGGAGAACAACAUCCCCAAAAAUUCUUUGUAUGGUCCUAAUCAAUCUGCUGGGUUUGAAUCACCUAAAGCCUUUGCCACUGCUGAAAUUAUGGAAGAUGGAGACACUAGACUUGGAGAUGAUAAAAUUGUUAUACAACAGACAUACAAAAAAGAGAUUAUUCUAUCAAAAAUGCCCGUAUAUCCUGGCAGACCACCUAAAAUAACUUUUGCCUCUAAUUCUGAUGUAACAGAGAUUGAAAGCAGCUUUGAGAAUUAUGAAAAACAUUCUACUUCAACAAUUCCUAAAUACUUGACUCUUGAACCUUCUCUUGCAAUGGAUUGGCUUGAGAUCUCAUGGGAUGAAUUACAUAUCAAGGAGCGUGUUGGUGCUGGUUCAUUUGGAACUGUGCAUAGAGCUGAAUGGCAUGGAUCGGAUGUUGCAGUCAAGGUGCUAACUGUCCAAGAUUUUCAUGAUGAUCAGUUGAGAGAGUUCCUAAGGGAGGUUGCAAUUAUGAAACGAGUCCGUCACCCUAAUGUUGUUCUCUUCAUGGGUGCUGUCACAAAGCGUCCACAUCUAUCUAUAGUGACUGAGUAUUUACCGAGAGGAAGUCUAUACCGCCUGAUAAAUAGGCCGGCUGCUGGUGAAGUAAUGGAUCAGAGAAGGAAGCUGCGUAUGGCUCUGGAUGUGGCCAAGGGUAUCAACUAUCUUCAUUGUCUUAGCCCACCUAUAGUUCACUGGGAUCUCAAAACUCCUAAUCUAUUGGUUGAUAAAAAUUGGAUUGUGAAGGUGUGUGAUUUUGGUUUGUCAAGAUUUAAAGCAAACACAUUCAUAUCAUCAAAAUCGGUUGCUGGAACUCCAGAGUGGAUGGCCCCUGAAUUCCUUCGUGGAGAACCGUCAAAUGAGAAGUCUGAUGUCUACAGUUUUGGUGUGAUUUUGUGGGAGCUUGUAACCAUGCAACAACCUUGGAAUGGACUUGGCCCUGCUCAGGUGGUUGGAGCUGUUGCUUAUCAGAACAGGAGGCUUGUCAUCCCACAAAAUGUUCCUCCAGUAUUGGCAUCUCUAAUGGAAGCUUGCUGGGAUGAUGACCCUGUUCAGCGCCCAUCGUUUGCUAGUAUCGUGGGAACAUUAAAGAAGCUGUUGAGGUCUCCAUCACAGUCGUCCAUUCAGACAGGAUGAGCAUAAGAAACCCCGCCCAUUAGUAAUAAUGCUUUCAAGUAUUCUCACGGUAGGCCGGGUCAUUCCAAUGUAUAUAAUAUAUAUGACUGGGUAUUUUCACUA